UUUAAGAUGGCUGUUUCAGAAAACGUUACAGACUGAAGUUGUGACAAUGUCUCAUGAUCAACAAUUGAAGAAUACCAAGUACAGAAACUGGGUAAAAGCCGCCCUAGGCUUAAAGUAUUUAGGAAAUGGGUUAGCUCCCCUUGUUGAUGAUGCAAUUAAGAGGCAACAUAAUGACAUUCUUUCUGACAUUGACAGAACCUAUGUCGCACGUUCAAGAUGUGGACAGUGCCGACUAGAAACUCUACUUCCAAUCCACACACCAGAUCCAGGCAACAAAUGCCCUUUACAACAAAAGCCGUCUUGCAAUUGUCAAUCAUCGCGGGGAAAAACACUUUGUCCUAGUAUACUUUGUAGCGCAAUCUAUGACAAACUUAUUAUCCAACACCGAUAUUCAUCCCCUAAUUGGAAAAAUACAGACGUUUCACAAUGGUUUGAUAAUUACUGGCAAAUUGCGAAGGUAUUUAUCCCAGCUGGAGGAUACUAUUCGAAUGUUGCAGCUCAUGACACAGACUGCGCAGGGCUCUUAAACAUUAUCAUCAACAACACAAUAAUGCAUACCCUAUUUGACACUGUGAUUGAUGCUCCGAACGACAUAUUCUCAAAGACAAGAGCAGCACGUGACAACAUUUUCCAUUCUUCAAGAUUAGAGCUUGAAGAUGCUGAGUUAGGAGCAAUUCUCGAUAACAUGGUAGCUAUACUUGAAGACGAAAAGCAACUUAAGAAUACUCAAUCUGCAAUUGAUGCUAGGGAAAACAUCAGACAGCUGAGAAAACAAAACUUUGUUAUUACUGCGUCCGAUGAAGAAAGCAUAAAAUCUGCAAUGGAUGCUUUAAAGGAAUUAGAACAAUUUGCCUUAGAAUCAAUCAGAGAAAAACACAGAGAAGUAAUUGAUGAAAUUCAGACGUAUGGACUUCAACAUAAAAUUAAAACAGAAGAAUUUAUUGAAUUAGAUACAAGGCUAGAGAGUACCGAACAAACAAUAGAGAAGGUUCAACAGAAACAAGCAGAAUUCGGUGAUAGUACUCAUCAGCUUCAUGUACAGAUGGAGGAACUUAAUCAGGAAUUUGCUAGAAUGAAAUCAAAUGAACUUUAUUCUGAAACAAGACCGGAGCAUGAGAACAACUUGAAGUAUAAAGGCAAAAAAGAAGAGUUAUCACAGCUCCUUUCUAAAAGGAAGGCAUUGCCGGUGUGGGGGUACAAAGAAAAGUUUGUACAGAUGUUUAAUAAACAUCAGACACUAGUUCUUCUUGCAGAGACAGGGUCUGGUAAAACGACACAGAUUCCACAAUGGUGUCUAGAUUGGCUACGAUUACGAUGUAACAAGAAGGGCGUAGCAUGCACACAACCCCGCAGGGUGGCUGCAAUGUCUGUUGCACAGCGUGUAUCUGAGGAAAUGGACGUUGGCCUCGGACAGGAAGUUGGUUACAGCAUCAGAUUUGAAGAUUGCACAUCAUCUAAAACCAUUCUCAAAUACAUGACUGACGGUAUGUUGCUUAGGGAAGCUAUGUCCGAUCCAUUUCUUGAGAACUAUGGUGUUGUGAUAAUUGAUGAGGCUCAUGAACGUUCAAUGGCUACAGAUAUUCUGAUGGGCCUAUUGAAGGAAGUGGCAAAACAGAGACACGAUCUCAAAAUUAUUAUUAUGAGUGCUACAUUGAAUGCUGGUAAAUUUCAGAUUUAUUUUGACAAUGCACCGUUGAUGAGUGUUCCUGGAAGAACCUAUCCUGUGGAGAUUUAUUACACGCCAGAGCCUGAGAGAGAUUAUCUAGAGGCCGCCAUUAGAACAGUGAUACAGAUACAUAUGUGUGAAGAAAUUGAGGGAGAUAUUAUUCUCUUUCUUACAGGACAAGAGGAGAUUGAUGAAGCUUGUAAGAGAAUACAGCGUGAAGUAGACACUUUGGGACCAGAUGUAGGAAAAAUCAAGUGUGUCCCCUUGUACUCCACGUUACCGCAACAUCUCCAGCAAAGAAUAUUUGAACCUCCGCCUCCAAACAAGGCAAAUGGAGCCAUUGGUAGAAAAGUUGUUGUCUCCACAAACAUUGCUGAGACCUCGUUGACCAUUGAUGGAGUAGUGUUUGUGAUUGAUUCGGGUUUUGCAAAAGAAAAGGUGUACAACCCUAGAACUCAUGUUGAGUCAUUAUUGGUGACUGCCAUUAGUAAGGCAAGUGCGCAACAGAGGGCAGGUCGUGCCGGGAGAACAAGACCAGGAAGAUGUUUUAGACUUUAUACAGAAAAAGUGUUCAAGCAAAAGAUGAUUGAAAACACAUAUCCAGAAAUAUUGAGAUCAAAUCUCAGUUCUGCUGUAUUACAGUUGAAGAAAUUAGGAUUUGACGAUCUCGUGCAUUUUGAUUUCAUGGAUCCUCCAGUUCCGGAAACCUUAAUGAGAGCUCUUGAGGAUGUAAACUAUUUGGCGGCUCUCGAUGACGAUGGUGACUUGACGGAAUUGGGGUCUAUGAUGACUGAGUUCCCACUAGAUCCACAGCAGGCUAAGAUGGUUAUAACUAGUACAGACUUUAACUGCUCGAACGAGAUCCUCUCUAUAGCGGCCAUGUUAUCAGUUCCACAGUGCUUUGUGCGUCCUAAGGAGCUACGGAAGACAGCUGAUGAAUGCAAGAUGAGAUUUGCCCACAUUGAUGGUGAUCAUCUGACACUGCUUAAUGUUUACCACGCCUUCAAACAGAACCAAGAAGAUCCGCAGUGGUGUUAUGCCAACUUUAUAAACUUCCGGUCAUUGAAAAGUGCGGACAAUGUACGUCAACAAUUGGUUAGGAUCAUGGACAGGCUCAAAUUGAAGAGAAGCAGUACAGAGUUCACCAGUCGCGAUUACUACCUGAAUAUACGUAAAGCUCUUGUGUCCGGUUAUUUCAUGCAGGUUGCACAUUUGGAGAGGACUGGACACUAUAUGACAAUAAAGGACAACCAGAUUGUUCAGUUUCAUCCAUCGACAUGUCUCGACCACACACCAGAGUGGGUUCUUUACAAUGAGUUUGUGUUGACCGCAGAGAACUAUAUCAGAACAGUGACAGAUGUUAAACCAGAAUGGAUGGUACAAAUUGCUCCCCAGUACUAUAAUAUACCAAACCUCCGAAAUUGCAAAGCCAAAAGACAAGUGGAAAGAAUCAUCGCAAAAGUACAAGCCAUUGGAUAUGAAUAGUGCUAUAUUGUCAAGUGUUACGUCGCUCAUUAUUUCAUCAAAUUUCAUGCGUUAUUUCAUUAGUAAUAACAUUGUCGAAAAGGACUUGGUGUGAGACAGCUGUAACUGAUAUCACACCGUACAAUCAAAUGGGUAGACAACCGUUAAACGCGCCGACAGCCGUACUAGUAUAUGCCGCAUCUCAUCGGAAAGUGGUUAUUUUUCAAUCAAAAUUCACGUCAAAUAAAGCUUGCACAGCGCCAGAAAUUUGUUGAGCAGGCCUAUUUUGAUGUUGACUAUGAAUCUACAGCAUUGAUUUUCUCGAACACAGUUGGGAUAUCUUAAAAAUAGAUAAAUACUUACCGUCCGUCAAUUAUGUUUUAAUACCGACAUGUAUAUACUAGUACGGCUGUCGACGUGUUGAAUGGUUGUCUACCCAUUUGAUUGUAUAGUAUGGUUAUAAGUGAUAUGAUUGUGGUGUAUCAUGCCCUUGAUUUAGAAGUCCUUGUUUUGGACCCUCAAUUAAGAUGAAUUACAAGUAGGUUUGUAUUGUAAAGGUAUUUAUAAAUAAUGACUUUUAGAACAACAGGAGGCGGUUUUAGAUCAUACUUGUGUUGGUCAUAUUUAUUUGUAUCCAUUACUGAUUGAUCUGAAGUUAAUGCUAAUAAGAAGGUUCCAUCAACUCUUAAUUUCUGUUUAUUUUAAAAUAAUACGUCAGAAAAAAGAAAAAAAAAGAAAAGAUUUUUAAUGCUAAGAUUUUCUAUAAAUAGAAAAGGGCGGAGCAAAUUUAUAAUGAUAACUGAUUUCUGCAAUAUGUCUGACCAUGACCGUUUACAAAUUAACUCUUGACAACAUAAACUUUUUUUAACAAUAAAAUCUUAGUUUUGGGGAAUGGUAUAUUUAUUUAAUGUUGCUUUAAUAGGUUCAAACUGUUCAUAAUAAAGUUACCGAACUUAAAAUGAUAAAACCCAUAGAAUAAUACAGUUCAAAUUGAAUUUAAAGCCACCGCCUACCUCGGUCGUGAUGUUUACGGAAACAUGAACUAUUGGCUGUGUAUAUAUCCACCGCUACAAACUAAGGGAGUUUUCUUAGGAGAUUAAAUACAUUAAUCUAUAUGCUUAGUUGUACAACAAUUCCCUCUAAACCAAAUAUACUAAUUCUUACAUGCCAAAGUAAUUGUAACAAACAAUUGUUGGUUGCUUGUUGUUAAACUUUAAAUAUGCUGUGAAGGUCCUACUUGGCAGACGGGUUUAAUUUUUUUCUCAAGAAAGUGUGUGUGUGUGUAUGUGCGAGUGUGUGCGUGCAUGUGCGCUCGCGUAUGUGCGUGUGCGUGUGUGUGUGUGUGUGUUGGUGUGUGUGUGUGUGUGUGUGUGGUAAACCAUAUUCAUUGAUGUUCAAAACAUCAAUUUAAUAUUGGCUUAUUUAUGUACAGUUUUAUGUUUGUGCUAAAAAUGUUAAAUACACUGAUGAUUUUGAAUCCAUGUAGUCAAUACUGACUGUAUUGAAAAGUUAAGUAUGUAGGGAGAAAGUGACCAUACAAACAUGUGUUAAAUUAUUUAACAUUUCUCUACAUUUGGGAAAUCACCAGUAAUGAACAGUACAAAAGGACUAUCUGAAAGCGCUUGAAAACUUUACAGUGCAUUGUAAGGUUUACCAGUAACCGGCAUCAUGGUAGGAUCGGCAAAUUAUGUUCUAAGGUGGCUGAUUUGGAACGCUUUUGUGCGUCGCGUUGGCGCUAGCGAAAACACGCCAAAACGCCAAACGCUGCGUUGUAAGAGCAGUAGUCCAGUGGUAGGACGCGUGCUUAGAGAUCGAAAGGUCUCGGGUUCGAACCCCACCAGGGGCACUGCUAAUUUCCUUGAGCAAGAAAUUUACCUGCGAUUGCUUCACUUCACCCAGGUGUAAAUGGGUACCUGCGAGGGUGGUAUACUUCCGUUGCGCCAAAGUGUCGGCUGCUCUAAGCGGAGUGAAAAGACUCCCCAGGGAGAUUGAUAGAUAGAUACCAGCAGCCCGAUGACCAGGGGUAAUAGCUGUAAAGUCGGUGAACGUGCGUAAGCAUGGAACUUAGAUUAUAAAAUGCAUUUACUUACUUACUUUACUUUGUCGCUCUAUCGUCCUGUCUCCAAACGCGUAUUAUCGUGCGGCGUGUUGUCGCGAUGUCACAUUGUCGCUCGGUUCAAUUUGAAGGAUUGGCUUAUAAGCCAAGCGACAGAGCGACAUCUCGACAACGCGCCGCACGACAACGCGCCGUUUGGUGUACCGCGCUAGCGACAGGACGACAAGACGAAAGUCCGACAACACCGUGUUGUCGCUAGCGCCAACUAGACGCACAAAAGCGUACCAAAUCAGCCACCAUAAUGUACAGUAUUAUUUUUAUAGAUACAUCAUUUACAACAAUCAUUCAUUUAUUGUUCAAUGUGCUGUUAUUAUUAUUGUAAUGUUGUUGGAAUAUACUGUGACUCUAUUGAGAGGCUGUCUUUAUUUAUAUGCAUGAUCAUUGCCGACUCACUGAGGCAACACUAUUGUAAACUAUGGUUUUUUAAUUAAAAUAAUGAAAGAAGUACACUGUUGUUGAUGUGUGAGUCUUUUAUAUUUCUGUACAUUUUACACCUUUUACAUUCAAUUAAA